CCCUUAAACUCUAUCCCCAAAGUUGCAGGCAAUUCUAUUGCUGAUUCUAUUGUAAAAGAUUCCUUCAUUUAUUCUAUUGCUGAUUCUGCCCCUUAGGCAUCAAUGGCUACCAAUUUGGAGGAUCAUAUAGAAAAAGUUUUAUGGACAGAGCAGCAAAUUUCUCGACGACUUUCUGAGCUUGCUUCCCAAAUUACCCUCAACUUUUCUUCUUGUAAAUCCGCUCCGGUCGCCGUUGGCGUUGCCACUGGUGCUUUUCUGUUCCUAGCUGACCUUGUUCGCAAAAUCAAACUUCCCAUUUCCGUUGAUUUUGUUCGGGUUGAAUCGUACGGCUCUGGUACUGUAUCCAAUGGCAAACCCAAGAUUUCUUGCGACUUGAAAAUUGAUGUUACUGGAAAGCAUGUGAUUUUGGUUGAGGACAUUGUGGAUACAGGAAACACGUUGUCGUGCCUCAUUGAACACUUGAAAUCUAAAGGGGCAUCAUCCAUAUCAGUGUGCACUCUCCUUGAUAAACCAUCAAAGAGGAAGGUUAAUUUUGAACUUGUCGGAGAAGGGAAGUUCUACCGUGGUUUUGAGUGUCCAGAUUAUUUUGUGGUUGGCUAUGGGUUAGAUUUUGCUGAGCUUUAUAGGAACUUACCCUACGUGGGGGUCCUCAAACCUGAGAUGUACAGUUGAUUCCAUACAAGGAAAAUUCUUUAUUUGAUGGAUACAUUCAACCUUUUGCUGAUGAAGAGGUGCCAAUUUCCUUAUUUUGUGAAACAGAGGGACUGCAAAGGAUCAGUUCUAAGCAUUUUUUCCCCUUUACCCGGGCCCCUGCCCCGCCCCCUUGCCCUCGUCCAGUUUAUAUUCUAAUAUACUUACACCUGCAUAUUCAGUGUGUGGCUCCUCUCAAAUACAUAAGAAUUGAAUAGUUUUCGCAAACUUUAUCCCUCAUUUUCCUGUCUCUAUGUUUUGUUGUGUGCGCGCCUGUAUGGUUAGUAAUUUGUAUUUUAGUAGGGGAGUAACUAUUAUUAGAACUCAACGGCAUUUCAAUUUUCUGAAAUUCGUUUGACUGA